UGCAAAGCGGAGCUCGUCGGCAAACAAGUCUGGAAUAUGCGGGUGCAGAACGCGCUGUAUAUAUAAGGUUUAAGAGUGUAAUAUUUCCGAUUAAUUGCCCACUGUUAAAACCGGGUGAUGCUACCGUCACUGGAUAUGAGUAGUAAGUGAGCGCUGCCUCUUAUUGUCUCAGCUAGCUAGUCGUUAGCUUGGAGCUAGCCGCGGUGAAACGUUUUUUUAACGUAAACUUGAAUCGACGGACGGACGGUGAGGAAAAGUGGGGAAAAUGGCUUGUGCGCCUAAUCGUGUCCGGCUGCUCUGCAUGCUGACGUUGACUUUUGGGUAUUUCAUUGUGGAGGUGGUGGUCAGCCGGCUGACCUCAUCUCUCUCGAUGCUGUCGGACUCCUUCCACAUGUUGUCGGACGUAAUUGCGCUGUUGGUGGCUCUGGUCGCGGUCCGGUUCGCGGAGAAAACUCACGCUACCAACAAGAACACCUUCGGCUGGAUCCGGGCGGAGGUGAUGGGGGCUCUGGUGAACGCCGUCUUCCUAGCCGCUCUGUGCUUCACUAUCGUUCUGGAGGCGAUCGAGCGCUUCACCGAGGCCCAUGAGAUCGAGAGACCGGAGUUGGUCGCUGGGGUCGGCGCCGUGGGGCUCCUGGUGAACCUGCUUGGGCUCUGCUUGUUCCACGGGCACGCCGGCGGAGGACACGGACACUCACACGGAGGACACUCCCAUGGGAGUAAGAAGAAGGGUAAAGCCGGUAAGGCUCUGAAGGCUGGGAACGGGACGUCAGGAGAGGAGACCAAUAACUUGGUGGGGAAUCACAACAGCCCGGGUGAUGUGAAACCGAGAAAUGAAAUCAGCUGUAAAGACAGCGCAGAGGUGCAGAUGAACGGCAACACGCAGUACGAGGAGAUGGACCAUGACCACGGCUCAGCAUCGCAGCUCAACAUGCGCGGGGUCUUCCUGCACGUGUUGGGCGACGCCCUGGGCUCCGUCAUCGUGGUGGUCAAUGCUAUCAUAUUCAUCUUUGUGUGGAAGCCCUGCAAACCCGGCGAGAUCUGCAUCAACCCGUGUAUCAACAGCCACACUACAGACCACCAUCACGUCAAUCACACGCUGGUGGACCUGCUCGAAGGCCCCACAGUGCCAAGCAUGACGGUGGCCGGACCCUGCUGGGUUCUCUACCUGGACCCCACGCUCUGCGUCAUCAUGGUGGCCAUCCUGAUGUACACCACCUACCCGCUGCUGAAGGAGUCGGCCCUGAUCCUGCUCCAGACCGUUCCCAAGCAGAUCAACAUUCACCGGCUCAAUGAGCGCCUGCUGAGUCUGGACGGCGUCCUGGCAAUCCACGAGCUGCACAUCUGGCAGCUGGCCGGCAGCCGCAUCAUCGCCACGGCACACAUCAAGUGCCAUGACUCCACGUCUUACAUGGAGGUGGCCAAACGUAUCAAGGACUUAUUCCACGACGAGGGCAUCCACGCCACCACUAUCCAGCCCGAGUUCGUCACAUUCAACUCGGAGUCUCGAGACUCCCUCUGCGAGCUCUCCUGUCGGACUCAGUGUGCUCCCAAGCUGUGCUGCGACUCUGCGGACAAACAGAACACAAGCUUGGACAAGAAGGCCAGCAGUGACUGCAAGGCCACUGCCGCUUCAGACCUGGAGGUGAUCAGCGAGACCUCAGAGCAGGCCGCGGCCGCUCAGGUGACCCUAAGGCCAGAGGCCGCAGUCACCAUCACCAGAGAGGUGGAGUCGUCUCUGUGAGAUGGAAGGGAACGAGAGAAACGGAGGAGAAGCUGGAAAACCAUCACAACGAGCAAAAACAAUCAUUGUCAUCUUCAGGACCCAGGAAUCUUUUUGACCUACACAUAAGGAAAAGAGAUGUUUUCCAUUUGCCCCUUCUGAUUCUCAGUUUCUAUCCAUCUCUCUCAUAUAUAUCCUCAAUGGCUGGAAACAUAUUCAAUAUAAAUUCCAACCACUGCCCUCUCUCCCCCCGACCUCUCCUCUGCCACUCGGCCCCUCUCUCGUCUGUUGCCCUGACAGUAAGGUAGCGAUGCAUGUUGGGGUUCACUGACCUAUCUCCUCCUGGACCGGAGCGAGGCCUGCAUGAGUGUCCCUCAUUAGCACCGUGUUGUGAUGCGUCAUCUCGUCCCAUGGUGUUUCUGUGCCAAAGCGUCUCACUACAGGACUGAAGGGAUCGGAGAGACAGCCCCUCCUCCACAAGAACACACACAACACUUGCAAGUCAGAGCACACAUCACUAGGUUAUUUCGUUUAGCCUGUGGACCGGUUGGCAAAACGUCUACUUUUUGUUUCUAGCGCAGGCUUUGAGCAGAUCUAUUUUCUUAACCUCUGGCCCCAAAUAGAAGAGUAUUGUAUUGCAUUAUAAUUUAAGUAUUUAAGUUAUUAGAAAUGAUCUAUUUCUCUCUGUAGAUGCUGUUUGUAAUAUUUAGUUUGGGUGAUAGAAACAUUUUUGCAAUUUUCUGUCUUGAAUUUUUUUCUUUUUUUCUUUUGGACAAAAACCAUCUAUGCUGUAGUCAGUUUUUCAAAUGUGAUGUUUUAUAAUGAUUUUAUUUCUCAAACUCUUUCUGGCCUUGUUAUUAUUUGGAUACAGAAGCCGUAUCAACAUUUCUCUCACUUUGCCUUUUAAAUGAAACAAACUGCUGUGGUAUAGCACUAAGUAUAGUAGACACAGUUUAAUGGAACUUGCAAUGGCGCAGUAUGUACGGUUAAUUCAAAAUCUGAUGCAUUACAAGCAAGAGGGGUUGCUUUGAAAUGAGCACUGUAUACCAUUAGUAAAACACUAUUCUGUGUGUGUGAAUCUGUACUGGAAAGCUUUCUGAUGAUGGCUGAUCAUUUUCAGUAAAAAAAAAAAUCCUCAUGAAUGUGUUCGGCACCAUGUCACAAUCCAUGCUGAGGGAGUUUUUAUAUCUUUAGGACGUUCUCCUGUGUUUGCAUGACAAAACUGAGACCUGGUGCUCGACGUUCAAGAGCUCCGCUAAGAGCUCCGGUUGCUGCUUACCAGAACGUGCUGGUAUCCUCCAACAAUACGAAUUACUGUGUAUGGAAUGACUCAUCAUACAGCUCGCCUGUCCUCCGCUUUUGACAGCUGAGCAGGCUGUUUGCUGAUUUGAAGUCCAUACGGUGGCCUUUGAAAUUGUUUUGAAAUUUCCCUCAUCUUUACAGAUAUCAUUUAAAUGGUGAGCCAUCGAUGCGUUUCAGAUCUCCACUCCCGAUUUUAAUGUGUAUGCAAUGUAGAAAUAUCUGCUGGGAAAUGUAUUUUGACGCAUUCCUUCAUUUGUAAUGUUUUGGUCACUUUUAUUCUGUGUCCUUUGAGACUUGAGCUCUGUGUGAUAAUUGAAAAAAGUAUUGUUUUUUUUUAUUAUUUUAGGUAUAAUAUGUCAGCUGAUGUGUUUUUUGAGAUAUAUAUUAGUAUCUGUCCAAUGUGUCAUUGUGAAAUAAAAAUAUAUGGCUGUUUGGUACAGUUGAUGA